AUGCAGAAAACGACAGAGGAGUGUGAAGCUCAGCUUCCGCUCCUUCAUCCAGGCAGCAGCUCUCAGCGAGGUGUGUUCAGGAAGAGCACCACCUACCUGGCGAAGAUCGCUGUGGUCCUCCAAGACACUCCAGGAAAGAUGCUCACUUUUACUCAGUUGAUGGACAAACUGGCACCGUUAAUCUGUGAAGAAAGAAAAUCUGUUGAGAAACACAUCAGAGUUUGUUUAUCAACCAACAAAUGUUUUGUCAAGACUCCAGUGGUUCCUGAUUCUCUGGACAGUAAGAGAAACUACUGGAAACUGGACCCCAGUCACAUCACAGCAAAGAUGGUGCGUCGUCACUUCAAAGGACUCCUGCAGCUCUUCCCUGAGUUGGCCUCCAAAGUGGAAACGGAGAACACGAGCAGACCACCGGAGCUCUGCUCGGUUCUCCACGCUCCUGAGCCUGCGGCCUGCAGAGCGGUUCAGAUCAGAUGUAAGGUGAAGUUCAGCAGUCCUUUCUCCAUUGAAUCCCUCCUGAAGAGAGACAGCCCCUCUGCUCGGCCCUCCGGAGCUUCUCCUCUGUCCAGUGUGCCGGUCACAGUGGAGCAGCAGGCUGGGCCCACACACAGACUAGGUGGGACAAAGAGGAGCUUCAGAUGGGACUCCGAGGAGCCUCUGGGCCUUCAGGCUUCAGCUGCAUGUUCCCCCAUCUGCUCAACAGGGGGCAGCACACCCCACAUCCUCGCUGCUCACGGAGCUGCUCAGCCCAUCAGCAGGAUGGACGUGUGCACUCAGUCCUCAUUCCCUGUCGACACAAGAGCCAGCGCUGCUCCUUAUUUCAUCAGCCCCCAUUACAUCACUCACUCUGUACCCACCUUUACCCAUGAUGCUCUCUGUGUCUGGCUGUAA